GGCGCUUCCGGUCCUUCUCCGCCCCCGUCUGUUGCUCCAGCUCGAGCGUUCCUUUCCCGAAGAAAGGCCGUUAUUCACACAACGGCACGGGCAGAGGAAAGAAGCGAGGCGCGAAAAGGCCUGCCUACCAGUGGGUUGGGAAGUUUGUCAAAGAAGGUGCUGGCAGAAAAAAGAAGAGUCAGAAAUGUCUACAAUAAUGAACAAUAGAGUGACCCCAGAAAUGUCUACAAUAAUGAACAAUAGAGUGACCUCUGAGUCUGUGAAAGCACAGAGGUCCAGUAUUGCAGAUGUCAUAGCAGUCUAUGGUGGCUUACAAGAAGAUUCAGAAAUUUUUGGGCUGGUUGAUUCUGACGACUCUCUGCCUGAGGUGACGCAAACCAAGAAACCAAGGCACAUCUGUGUCUGUCCUCCAAAAGGCAUUGUAGCUAGUACAGUCACAAAUGUGGUGGCAGCAGCACUGUUGUGGGCUGUGACCUGGUCUAUUGCACACCAGGAGAGUCUUCCUGGUAAGAACCUCUUUGGGCUUUUGUUCCUUUUCUUCGCUUCUGUACUUGGUGGUAAAAUCAUGUCGAAAAUUCAAAUACCUGGCCUGCCUCCACUCCCACGUCUUUUCGGAAUGCUGUUUGCUGGGUUUCUCAUCAGAAACAUCCCAGUCAUCAGCGACUUAGUCCAUAUCAAUGUAAAAUGGUCGUCAAACUUGAGGAAUAUUGCUCUCUCCAUUAUCUUGGCCCUUGCUGGGCUUGGCCUAGAUGCACAGGCUCUGUAUAAGUUAAAAUUUGUCUGUUUGCGGCUGACCUUUGGGCCCUGUCUCACUGAAGCAACUGCGGCAGCUGUCGCAUCUCAUUUUAUAAUGCACUUGCCAUGGACAUGGGGAUUUAUGUUAGGAUUUGUUCUAGGUGCCGUGUCUCCUGCCGUUGUUGUCCUUUCGAUGCUGAGGUUGCAAGCACAAGGAUACGGUGCUGAAAAGGGCAUCCCAACCUUGCUAAUAGCAGCUAGCAGUUUUGAUGAUGUUGUGGCCAUCACAGGCUUUAAUGUCUUCUUAGGCAUGGCCUUCUCCAAAGGCUCUACCCUUCUCAGUGUCCUCCAUGGUGUGCUACAGGUUGUAGUUGGUGCAAUAUCUGGAGGCAUUCUAGGACUUUUCAUUUGGUUUUUUCCAAGCAAAGAUGAGACAUUUCUUGUUUGGAAGAGAGCAUUUUUUGUGAUUGGCCUAUCUGUGUUUGCUGUUUUGAGCAGCAAGCACUUUGGUUUCCCUGGAUCUGGAGGGCUCUGCACAGUUGUCUUGUCAUUUGUGGGUGGUUUGGCAUGGUCAGAGGAGAAGAGAGGGGUAGAAGAAAUUCUUGCAGCUGCCUGGGAUAUUUUCCAACCUUUUCUUUUUUCCUUAAUUGGAGCUGAAAUAUCCGUUGUUUCCAUCGGUGCUGAAACAUUUGGGCUUUGUUUGGCCACAAUGGGUGCUUCAUUACUAUGCCGGAUGACUGCUGCUUUCUCAUUGAUGGCUUGCGCUGGCUUUAAUUUCAAGGAGAAACUGUUUAUUGCGUUGGCAUGGAUCCCCAAAGCAACUGUCCAGGCUGCAAUUGGUUCCGUUGCUUUAGAUACAGCACGAGAUGGUCAUGAGCCAAUGCAAGAAGAAUACGGUCUGAAUAUCUUGACAGUGGCCUUCUUGGCAAUCCUGAUCACAGCUCCAACUGGAGCUUUACUUAUUGGCCUGAUGGGGCCCAGACUUCUCACCAAAGCCGAUAUAGACAAGGAAGAUGAAUAUGGACACAAAAGACGGGUGGAAGCAUCUAGUCCAGUAUAGGGACAUGUUCAUGAAGAGCCCAAAGAUCACUCAACUGUUAUUCUAGGCUAAGGAAUCAUAGUGGCCUGGAGAAAAUUUGUGUAGGAUGCACUUUAGGGGCUGCAAAAACAGAAACCCAAAGCCAUACAGAAAGAUUUGACUAUGUUACUCUGGCAUCCACGUUUUUCUUCAUCUUUGGCUUUGGAGGAAAUCAGUCACAAGCAAAAUCCAUGUGAUGCCCAUGCUUCUGACUGCUAGAGUACACCAGUAGCCUGAUUUAGGGUCAUGACUCAUGAGUCCCAGUAGAAGAAGAGGGAGCAAUCAAGACGACUCCAAUUGGGGGUGAAUAAAAAGGUCUUUUGUUCAGGUCAAAGCCCAAGACCAGUAUUGGGUGAAUGAGGUGAGGGAUUUGGGAACAGAAGUUAAAAGCCCCACUCAGUUAAAUUAGUUUUCAUCAGGCAAAGGCAGCAUGUGCUGUCUGGUGAUGUAAAGAGCCUUUAGAACAAUCCUGCAUCCAGGAGAUUGGCAUUCCCCCUCCUCCCUCCCACUUCUUUUCAAACAGAGCAGAAAUGGAGCCUCUCCCUGUAGUGGUGGAAUGAUCAGAUGUGGCUCUAACAUGUGACUCAGACAAAGUUUCUCAUAAUGUUUUUGCUAGGUCUGUGUAUCUAACCCUUCUGAUGUUACAAAAAUUUACAUAUGCUGACAUAUACUUCCUGUUUCCCUACAGAUUACUAAAACACAAAAAGGGAAAUGUGGCUUCAGAGUGUUGGCCUGUUUCUUAACCAUUAAUCCAUCAUUUGGGGGAGAGGGAUGCUGGAAGACAUUCAAACCUCAUAUUGACCUAACUUAAUUUAAAGGGAAUGGUUCAGUGCUGUCUAAUGACACUUUCUCUGGUACUCCAUAGAUGGGUGCUGCUCUAAUACCAAAUCUGUGAAAAGCAUGAGAUCUUAAAGGAUACAAUCCAUUAAGAGAACCCCCAUGUUCUUAUUACCUGAGGCCAAAGGAUGAUCAGCCAUUGCAGUGGAGCAAUUCUGACUUUCUUUAGAGAGACAUACAAAAAAGAUGUGUUCACACCACAUUGUUAACCAAUGGUUUUAAGGAAAAGAUUUAAAACAACAGGAAUUAGAAAGUCCUUUAUCACUAACCUGAAUUUCACUACAACAGCAAUAUCUGCAAUUAUUGUUGCUAUAGUAUAUAUCUACUAAGAAGCAAUAGAAGUUGGGGAAAGGGCACAGUUGGUGCCUUUUUUUAAAAAGGACUUUGCAUUUCUUUUCUGAAAUAUUUCAGCAGAGGGAGCAAAAGCCUUAGAUAUAGAUUAUUUUACUGUUUCAGCCAUGACAUUUUAAUUUUCCCUGAACAGUGAAACCUGGUUUUCUCAGUGACUCUUUAACAUUGUGACCUUUAGCAAACCAUUAUCAAAUAUCAGGGCCAAAAAUUUGUCUCUUGCCAUUUCAGCCCUUGUAUUACAGAACCAAGUUUCUGCACCGCACCAAGGCUGAACUCUGAGCCAAACAGAGAACAUCACAUCAUUCUUGCUCAACAGAUCCUUUUGGAAUCACUUCCAGUGGGAAUUCCCCAACAGCUAAAGUUAUACUCCUUUGCUCUGCUUACUGUUACCAAAUGACUUUUUAAAAACCCUCUUCUCCCCCGACCACCAACAGUAGUUCAGUCAAUUGUAUUUCCCUCCCUUUUAUUUGUAGCAUUUGAUAUUGAAGCCAUAAAAAUAAAUAUUUUUACAAAA